AUGCGAUCCCAAUUAUCUCGAACUAUCAUUUCGCCCCUCAGACACCAAACAGUCCCUAUCCGACUUGCACCGACGUUCUGCUCCUCUCGGCUUUUGUCCUCGUCGCGCAAGCCUCCCCAUUCGAAGACAAGCACCAAGGCUCUAAGAGCUGCGCCGGCCAUUCCUUUUUUCGGUGCCUUCUUCAGCUCCAACCGAACCCCCGAACAACCAACCAACGCCAUGUCGCCCCCCAACCAGAGAAGCGAAGAUGAGUGGAGAGCUGUUUUGAACCCAGAACAAUUCCGCAUUCUCCGCGAAAAGGGCACUGAGCGCCCUGGCACCGGUGAAUACGAUUCCCACUACCCGUCCAAAGGCGUCUACAAUUGCGCCGGUUGCGAUGCGCCGCUUUACACUGCCGAUCACAAGUUCAAAUCUGGCUGUGGCUGGCCGGCAUACUUUGAUUCCAUCCCUGGUGCUGUCACUAGACACGUUGAUAACACAUUUGGUAUGAAGCGCACAGAGAUCGUAUGUACCAACUGUGGGGGUCACCUCGGCCAUGUAUUUGAGGGUGAGGGAUAUCAAACCCCCACGGAUGAGCGUCAUUGUGUGAAUAGUGUCAGUCUGCGCUUUACAGAAGAUACUAGCGCUGCCAAGGAUCCUAAGGCGAAGGCUUGA